AUGUCUACUAAGCAGAGAUUACAAUUAGCACAAAGUUUAGCGGAAAUCAUACCGUUGGAUCCUGAAACAUGUAAUCAGAUGAUUGAUUAUGGGAUGACUUUAAAGUCUGAACUGGAGAUAUUCGAACAUUUCUCCAAUAUGUUAGGUGAAAGUGAUGCUACUACUGAAUUUUUGAUGAAGUUCAUGAGUAUAAAGAAUGAUAAAAAAGCCAAACCAUCUAUUCCAGAACCCGUAACACCUCAGGCUGAAAAAAAGAUACCAAAGAAAGCAUGGACUAAACCUGUGGAAGAACCUCCUAAAGACACACAGAAAGUUAAAACCAAAAAACCAACCUCCACUAUAACGUCAGAUUUAUUAAAAAGUGAGGAGAAAGAAGACAAGAAAGAUACCAAAAGAUCUCGAAGACGAAACUUGGACAACCUCAAAGACCUAGAACAAUUGUUGAAUUCCUUAGAGGUAUCGAACUCGAAAGAUUCAUAUAAAGCAUGUUACUGCAAUGCUACUAGACAUCCAUUAUUCGACAUUGCACCUAAUUGCCUUAAUUGUGGGAAGAUCAUAUGUGCCAAAGAAGGUUUACAACCGUGUUCAUUCUGUGGACAUGAUUUGAUCUCUCAAAGUGAAAAGCAAGAAAUUCGUAAGAUUCUCCUUCAAGAGAAGCAAGAAUUAGAACUUAAAUCACCAACUGAAACGCCACCACCAGAAACGAAACAUAAAGCUAAGAAAAUAGUUAUAUCCAUGAAUGCUGGAGAAAAUCUUUGGAAAGCUCAGGACAAAGCUUUGAAAGCAGCUGAAGCAGAGAAGAAAUUACAGCAUGAUAAGGAAAAGGAAGAAAGAGAAAAAAGAGAAAUACAAUCCCAGCAGGAGAAGGAAUUACAAUAUUACAGUGAUAUUAGUGACAAAAACCCCGACUUGGUUGCAGCACAAGAGAGAUUGAACACUUUAUUAGAGUUCCAAGAAAAUGGUACUGAGAGAACAAAAAUCAUCGAUAAUGCCGCAGACUACGAAUUGACAUCUAACACUGGUAAUAUGUGGUUAUCGGCCACUGAAAGAGCCUUAAGAUUGAAAAAGCAACAGAAACAAUUGAGGAAAUAUGAAGAAAAUGAAAUUAAAAGAACUGGGAAAGGUAAAAGAACAGUGGAAAUGGUCAUCAAGGAUGGGAAAGUUACAAUGGUGGAAAAAUAUGGAGAAGAUAACGAUCAAGAAGAAGAUGACCAAGAUAUUAAAGAGUUGGAGAAUCAAUUGAAAGAUACCAAAAGAAUCCAUGAACAACUGUUAGCACAGAAUGUUUGGGAUUAUGAAGCUGAUGAACAUAAAUGGGAGAAACCAGUUUACGCCCCUAAAGAAACCACCAAGCAAGUCGAAGACUUACCUGUUCUCAAACCAAGAGUUCAAUUUGAUAAGUUUGAUGAAACAGAGUUGGUUGUUAAUAGUUAUUAA